AUGCGCCCAGCAACCGUCAUCUUCGCACUGGCCGUCUCCGUCAAGGCUGCGCCCACUUCACCUCACCUGGCUCUCGAGGCCAAUCCCGUGGAUGCCCUGGAUAAUCUGUCCGGAUAUUUCAAUCUCGUCGCGGUCAAGGUACAAGCGGCCAAGACCCUGGCUUCAGCUCCCUCGUGUGAUCUGUCCAGAGCUCGCAUGCCCACCCUAGGUCUCAAUGCGCUUCCCUCCCCAGAUCGAGGCCUCACCGUACGCCAUGUGGCUGUCGGGCGCGGAACGCAGAAUUACACAUGCGAAGCAAAUAACCCAGAGGCUUCUCCAAAAGCUGCUGGUGCCAUGGCGACGCUCUUCAACGCUACUUGCGUCGCCGCCGUUUACCCCGAUAUCUUGUCCAGAAUUCCCGGCAUGGCAGUUCACUUUGACCUGGAAGAGUCUGAGAAACUCGGUCCCACCGGCAUGACCAAGUCUGGUGUGCACUAUUUUUUGGACAGCUCAACACCGUUCUUCAACCUAGAUACCCCCGCCCAAGACAUCGGUCAAGUUCACGCUGCCAAAAACAGCUCUUCAAACGCCCCGUCUACCGCUGCCGUGGGCCAGCUUCACGAGAAGGCCGUGGCCUGGCUUCGACUCACUUCCAAACACGGCACGACCGGGGACAUCAAGGAAGUUUAUCGCGUUGACACGGCUGGCGGUUCUGCACCAGCGAGUUGCAAGGGUAUGCCCUCGAGAUUUGAGGUCCAAUACGCAGCAGUGUAUUGGUUCUGGCAAGGCAGCAACAGCAGCUCAUGA